CAAUAAUUCUACUACCGGUGCUCCUCAUUUCGAGAUCGUACAUCACUAAACACGCUCCUGCGCACUUUCGGAGUUAUCCAGCAAUCACAGGGAUUUCAGGUUUUCUGUGCACAUCAGUGGCGUACCGGCAGACUGCAUGGCAAAGAGGCGCGCCGAGGACACUCUGCUGCACAACUCUCCCUCCAAGAGGUGUUACCGCUCCCUUUGCGCUGUUGACAUACAGGCGGAGAGCAUGGCUCCGUCCGGGGGCGUGAGUCCGCCGUCCCUCCUGGCUUUGCUGGGGACCCGCUGCAGAAAGAGGCCGCAAUAUUUCGACGAAGAAGAGACCGCUUCUUAUCGCAAGACUUCACCCUGCGACGUUAGGAAGCGUGUAGUAAAUGUUUUGGCGGUGCAGACGUCUGGAAUUUUCCAGGACCGUCGCAGCUCCAGCUCAGUCACGAGCUCCCAGAAACGACCACGAGAGGACAGCGAGGAGCCAGACACCGCUGUUCAGAAAGCUGAUGAUAAAGCCGAUGAGGACGCAAACACUGAAGACUGCACUUACAACUCCUUCCAGUAUUGGAGGGUGCCCCUACCUGAGCUUGACCUUUCACUGCUAGAAGAUGCAAGCGACCACUCCAAAACAAAAGACAAGUCAAAAGCAUCUUCUUCUGACGCCAUGGAGACUUGAAUUUGAUUGGUACAGCGAGGCCUAUUUUAAGCUGUCUCUCCCCGUUACAAGCAAGGGAACGUGAUGAGGACAAUGUGAUGUUCUUCAGCAAAUAGAGGCAUCAAGAACAGGUUACUUGAAUUGCAUCAAGGUGACAUGCGAUAACUGGAACCUGCCAAGGCUGCCUCGGUAGAGCAACACAGGCUUUUUUUCUUUUUUCUUUUCUUUUCUUUUUUUUUUUAAGUGAGCCACAGUCUGGUGCAAGAUUUCACAGACCUUGAACUCACAGAAGUUGAACUUGUUUCAAACUUUUUAUAGAUCCAACAGCUUUGUGUGACCAGUAUUUCAGAAAGCCUGAUAACAGCACUGACUGAUUUCCCGUGUUCAAUGCUGAGCCCCUACUUUGCAAACCUACAGUUGAGUAGGAUUGUAUAAACAUGUGUCUAACUAAUUAGAGAUCUAAUUAAAGAUGUAUGCUUGGUCUGCAGAUAAUAGUUGCAUUUCAGAACGAAUUUGGUCCAGUUAUGUAGGGUUGCACUUUUUAAAUUGUGUGACUGAACUGUAGAUGUUUGUUGGUUGUACAUUUAUUUAGUACACACCUGAUUGCCAGUUACAGCUGGUUGUUACAUGCCUUUGUAUUCAUUGGCAAUAAAAAAUAUAUAUAUUUGUGACUUUUCUUUUAA